CAUCGGAAGCACCGGAGGAGCCCCUUCGGCCUGGUCGCGCCAAGAGGACUGGGGUUAAAAUGAAUGAAGACCUGAAGGUCAAUUUAAGCGGGCUGCCUCGGGAUUAUUUAGAUGCUGGCGCUGCGGAGAACGUCUCGGCUGCCGUCUCCUCCCAGGUUCCUGUUGUCGAGCCGGAGCCAGAGCUGGUUGUCAACCCUUGGGACAUUGUCUUGUGUACCUCAGGAACCCUCAUCUCCUGUGAAAAUGCCAUUGUGGUCCUUAUCAUCUUCCAUAACCCCAGCCUGCGAGCACCCAUGUUCCUGCUCAUAGGCAGCCUGGCUCUGGCAGACUUACUGGCCGGCGUGGGACUCAUCAUCAAUUUUGUUUUUGCCUACCUGCUUCAGUCAGAAGCCACCAAGCUGGUCACAAUCGGGCUCAUUGUCGCCUCUUUCUCUGCCUCUGUCUGCAGCUUGCUGGCUAUCACUGUUGACCGCUACCUUUCCCUGUAUUACGCGCUGACGUACCACUCGGAGAGGACGGUCACGUUCACCUAUGUCAUGCUCGUCAUGCUCUGGGGGACCUCCAUCUGCCUGGGACUGCUGCCCGUCCUGGGCUGGAACUGCCUCAGAGACGAGUCCACCUGCAGCGUGGUCAGACCUCUCACCAAGAACAAUGCGGCCAUCCUCUCCGUCUCCUUCCUCUUCAUGUUUGCGCUCAUGCUUCAGCUCUACAUCCAGAUCUGCAAGAUCGUGAUGCGGCACGCCCAUCAGAUCGCCCUGCAGCACCACUUCCUGGCCACCUCCCACUACGUGACCACCCGGAAAGGCGUCUCCACCCUGGCCAUCAUUCUGGGGACCUUCGCUGCUUGCUGGAUGCCUUUCACGCUCUACUCCUUGAUAGCUGAUUACACCUACCCCUCCAUGUACACCUAUGCCACCCUCCUGCCGGCCACCUACAACUCCAUCAUCAACCCUGUCAUAUAUGCUUUCAGAAACCAAGAGAUCCAGAAAGCCCUCUGUCUCAUUUGCUGCGGCUGCAUCCCGUCCGGUCUCUCCCAGAGAGCGCGGUCCCCCAGCGACGUGUAGCAGCCUCCCCCUUAGGGGACACACGGCGCACUAAAUUCUGCAUUUACCAAGCACUUUCACUGCCCGGCCCAGUGGUUGAGAUGCUGUCCUUAACUUCUUUCGACCGGAUUUUUCUCUCCAGCCGCAGGAGCACCCAGCAUUUCCGAAGCAUUCAUUUAGAUGAGCUAAGUGAUCGAAGUGGAAAUAAUGUUGCCAGUGUCUUCGCCCUUUAAAAAAAAAAAAAUAAAUAAAAUAAAUGAUUAUUUUGUUUUGUUGAGAGGCAGGGAUUUUUGUUUUCUGUUGUAUUUGGAGGAUUGGUAGCAGGUGGGAAAGAAAGUGUAUGCUGUGGCCAUGAUGUUAUCAAAAGUAAACUGGUCCUGGAGUGUUUACUUGGACUCGACAGUAAAAUUGAAUUAUUGCGAUCGAUGGAGGAGCAGUGACUUUUUCCAGAUUUUUUUUUUUUUUUUUAACGUCAAGGUAGAUUUUCAACGCUGCAUGUAUCUAAGUGAAGAUGAUCUCUUUCGAGCCAACACAAAUAGUUCACAUGAUUCUGUUUGGAAGAGACCCGGUUUUAUUAACGUGAACUCAGUGAUAAGUGACCGACACGGAAACCGUAUACCCAUUCUUGUUCAUUCUUUCUUUACUUGGAGCAAUUACUGUUCACAAGAAUUACUUUGGUAUUUCUGUGAAUGUUGUGACUUUCUGCAAGGUUGCCUGUGUUAGCUAGACCACUAGUUUCAAAUGUUGCCGUGUAAAUCCAGAAUCAAAUGAGUCCGCUUUCAAUAUAGGUUUUCAAUGUGUCUCUAAAACGAAUUCUGAAAAUUGUCUUGAUUUGCAUAUGAAGUGGGAUUGAUUAGACCGGCCAUUGUAGUUUCUUAAACCACAGUCUGAUUGUUUUCAGGGAACAAAAGAAAAAACUUAGUAACAUCUAUUAAAAGUAGGUUACGUUUAUUGGAGAAUCUUCUGAAAAAUAAAGCAAUGGGAAGCUGUCGCGAAAUAUGAAAACAUCACGUUUCCUAUCUCUCUAUAUCUAAGAAUGUAUUAAUAGUUAGUCCUGAUUGAGACGAAUAGAAUUAAAUCUUGUAGAUCAAAUAUUUCCGGUUCACACUGUCUGUGGUACAAAGUGCAUUUGAAACAGGUGGUCUCCUAUUUUAACGAUUAAGUUGGCGAGUGCGUAUAAACCACGCGUAUCUGACGGUGAUAUUUGUAAGCUACCCUCUGUAAGUUCACCAGCGGAGUGACCAUGUGGCUGUUCGUGAGAAGCUAACUUUGAAUUCCUUUUCCUUCUUUUCACCAAAAAAACAACCUAAACGCAAUAAAAACUGCAUUGC